UGACACCCAUGUGCCCCCCCGCCCCAAGGAGAACCGGAGCCUGACCCUGAAGCUGCGCAAGCGGAAGCCGGACAAGAAGGUGGAGUGGUCCAGUGACACCGUGGACAAUGAGCACCUGGGCCGCCGCUCCUCCAAGUGCUGCUGCAUCUAUGAGAAGCCGCGAGCGUUCGGGGAGAGCUCAACCGAGAGCGAGGAGGAGGAGGAGGAAGAGGAGGAGGAAGCAGCCGGGGGGGCGGAGGGUGGGGCACGAUGGUUGCGGCCACCUCCAUUGCAUCAGGGGACACAAACGGGGGCAGAGGCAGCGUGGGGGGGACACGGGGGGGCCCCAAGCACAACCCCCUGGGCCCCCAACCCCUAUGGAGCACUGAGGAGUCCCCUAUGGAGGCUCCUGGAUACCCCCCCCCCAUCAAAUAUUGACUCUGGACUGGACCCCCCCAUCCCCCAGCAUCACAUCAGGGGUUGACUCCCCCCAGAUCAAUGCCUGACCCCCACAAUGCCUGAGCCCCCCCUCCCCAAACCACCAUUGCCUGAACCCCUCCCAUCACUGCCUGAGCCCCCCCCCCAAUCAACACUGCCACCCCCCACAUGCACCCCACUGUUUGGGGGGGGCGUUUUGGGGUGCUCCCCCCCCCCAACAUGGCACCUGUGGGCAUUAAAGGUGGCACUGCUGUGA